AUGAUCUUUCUCCUUCUAACAUACUUUGCGAUCGCCGUUACGGCCCAUGUCAUUGUCCUUCACCCCAUCCAGGAUCAACUGCCACUGAUUGCUCGAGUCAACUCAACCUACACUUGGUCGCUGUCUUCGAACACCUUUGCCUCCACAGAUGGAGCCGCGCUCGCCUACACGACUACCCCGCUUCCUCCCUGGCUCACCUUUCAUCCUGAUAAUUUGGAGUUCCGUGGCAUUCCGGACGAAGACGGCGCUAUCGACGUGACUGUAACCGCGCGGAACGGACAAUAUGCGGCGGCCUCCUCCUGGACUUUGAUCACCGUGUCUACGCCUCCCCCAUCUGUCGCAUUGUCCAUUGCGUCACAGUUCUCAGCGUCCAGCCCAUCAAUUUCGUCCGUCUUUCCGAUUUCAUUCGGUUCUGCUCUGUCAACCCCGAAUCCUUCUCUGCGCAUACCACCAGACUGGUCUUUUAGUGUUGGCUUCCAUUGGGACACCGUAACCUCUUCUAGUAAGAUCUUCUACGGCGCUCUUCAAGCCGAUGGUUCGCCGAUCCCGUCCUGGAUCCGGUUCAAUCCCAACACGGUCACCUUGAACGGUGUCACGCCGACUAUCCGAGAAGCCCCGUCUCUCUUGUCCUUGGUUCUUCAUGCCUCUGAGCAUGACGGGUAUUCGUCCGUGAUAUUACCUUUCGACCUUGUGAUCGCAGCACACGAACUUUCUAUGCCUAUGUCCUCCUUGCCAACAAUCAACGUGACAGCCGGGGCACCCUUUAACCUCAGUCUCACAUCGUCCGCGGACUUCAUGGGCGUAUCGUUGGAUGGAAAGGCGAUAGAUUCCUUCAAUAUAUCAGAUCUUUCAAUCGAUGCAUCAUCCUACGGAUCUUGGCUUCAAUAUGACAGAGGUAGCAGGACAUUAAGCGGCAGUCCAGCACAGUCUACGGAGACCAUCCUACUCCCUGUUUCCAUCAUUGCCGCCAAUCAAACCUUGCACACGAAUGUUUCUCUGGCGCAAGUUGCCUCAUUCUUCUCUACCAGUUCUAUUCCUCCGAUAUUGGGUGAACCUGCGGGACUGGUCAAUUUCGAUCUCAAGCCAUUCUAUGCUCACGGCAGUACGCUCACAGCGGCUGACGGGUCCGUAAACCUGACAGCCGCGUUUGAUCCUGACGUAUAUUCUGACUAUCUUGCCUUUGACCCUGUUGCUGGUGUGCUGGCUGGCCGACUUCCGGAUGGCGACCCUAGCCACCCCCGUGUCACCGUUACGUUCGCAGCUUACUCCUAUCUGACGCAUUCGAUUUCGCAUACUUCGCUGAACAUUUCGCUCACGGGUUCUGCUUAUAAGGAUGACCAGGAUGCCCACCGCGAAGACGCUUCCAAUAGGCACGUUGAAUUGGGACUCGAAGUUGCAGGCGCGAUACUAGGGGGCAUGGUUUUGUUCGCUAUCUUACUCGCGGCGUUCAGGCGAUAUGCGAAACUCGACGAUCCCGUAGUUGGAGGUCAAGAAGGGCGGAAGGGCUAUAGUCUGGACGAGAAAAGAUGGUAUGGCAUGGAAGAGGGCAAUUCCUUCGACAAGAACUCCUUGAUGGACAACCCGGUUACGCCCGUACAGCCUACUCCAAGCGUUUAUCCUCUGCGAGACCCCGGUCUAUAUGGGACCCUGACUAGCGGAGUACGCGGGAUCGUCGCCGCGGACAAGAACGACCAGUAA